AUGAACGGAACUGUAAGCAGCUACACAAACGGAUCUGCAACGAAGGAAGCCGAGACUGCUGCAACCACAACAGACCCAAAACCGGUCCGCUUUCCAUCGACUCGUAAGGAGCUCGAUGAUAGCAUCUUGCGGUACCAGCUGCUUCUCCGUCUUACCAAAGAAUUGAAAGAUAGACACGAAACGCAGCGGUCUUUUCUGCAAUACCACGAGGCUGAUCUGGCACCGGGCUUCUCCGACGUCUACGCGGACGAACGAGAGCAAUUGGAGAACAUGUUCAUGCUUGUGAGCGAGAAAUAUGACUCUCUUGCAUCGGAGGAGGAGAAACUCUAUGCAAACAUCGAAAGCGCCCUCGACAAGGCUGGCGAUAACGACCUUGACCUGCAACUCCUUGAAAAACAACUCAUAGGUCUUCAGUACUUGUCGCGUGAUAUGGACUUGCCUGCCUCGUUGUGUUCUAGCUAUGGCAGUGAAGAGCCCUCAUCUGAAGUCACACCUGACACACAGAAGUGCGUGGACGAAAUUAUAGAAAAAUACUUUUCCGGAACUUCCACUGCCGAUUUCUUGACCAGAGCUCAUGCUGUGGGCAUCGAGUCUGCUGCUAGUAAACGUUCAAGCGAUCCUACCGCAGCACCAUUGGGUAAUUACUACACUGAACAGAUCAUCUCUGCCAAGAUCCUGAACAGAAUUCUGGAGUUGGAGAACUUCCCUGCAAACUUGGGCACCUACGAUUUCAACGCCAAACACGCCGAUGCUCUUGACAAUAAUACCUUGAAAAUCAAUGCCGUAGUAGAGUUGAAGUCGCUACAAGCCCUUGCGUUCCAAAAGCGCUUGAAGAAUAACUUCAUCCGUAAAAUCGCUUUGACAGCUCAAUACGACCUGCCAGAGUUGGCCACAAAUGCCAUCUCGCUACAAGGAAGAAGAGGCUUAUACAUAAGAGAGAAAAUUGACCAGCCCCAACCACAUUUGUUGUCUUCGCAAUUGCAAGAUCAGUUCAAGUUGGAGGCUCAAGCACAAAAGCAUCGUUUGCACAUUAAAAAGAUCGAACAACUUGUUUCCACAUCCAAAGACCACCUGCAAACAAAGGGCAACAAGUUCAUCAAGAGAAUGCAAUUUCUCCGUGCUAUCAACAAUUUCCAUGCUAUUACCGAAAAGGAUGAAUCCAAGAAAUUGGAGAAGACUGCCAAGCAGCGUUUGCAAGCCUUGAAGGCCAACGAUGAGGAAGCUUAUAUCAAAUUGUUGGAUCAAACUAAGGACCAUAGAAUUACACAUUUGUUGAAACAGACAAACACCUUUUUGGACUCGUUGACUCAAGCGGUUCGUGUUCAACAAGCCGAGCAUGAUGAAGCUGAGGACGACUCUCAAGCUGAAGCCACAGAUGAGUUGAGAGAAAAGAUCGACUACUACCAGGUCGCUCAUCGUAUCAAGGAAGAGAUUAAGGAGCAGCCAAAGAUGUUGAUUGGUGGUCAAUUGAAGGAGUAUCAACUCAAGGGUUUGCAAUGGAUGGUCUCGUUGUACAAUAACAAGUUGAACGGUAUUUUGGCUGAUGAGAUGGGAUUGGGUAAGACCAUUCAGUCCAUCUCGUUGGUCUCAUAUUUGAUUGAGAAGAAGGGCGAGGACAAGUUCUUGGUCAUUGUUCCUCUUUCAACAAUCACUAACUGGACGCUUGAGUUCGAAAAGUGGGCUCCCUCCAUUAACGUGGUGGUGUUCAAGGGCUCCCCUGCUCAACGUAAGGAUCUUGCGCAUGAAAUUAGAAUCGGUAAUUUUCAGGUUGUUUUGACAACUUACGAAUACAUUAUCAAGGAAAAGGCCAUGUUGGGUCGUUUCUACUACUCGCAUAUGAUUAUCGAUGAGGGUCACAGAAUGAAGAACACGAAAUCCAAGUUAUCUAUCACUUUGAAGCAAUACUACAGAACCAAGAACAGAUUGAUUUUGACCGGAACACCACUUCAGAAUGAUUUGCCUGAGCUUUGGGCAUUGUUGAAUUUCGUUCUUCCCAAGAUUUUUAAAUCGGUGAAGUCUUUCGAUGAAUGGUUCAAUACACCAUUUGCCAACACUGGGUCUCAAGAGAAGAUCGAGCUUUCAGAAGAAGAGAGUUUGUUGGUCAUUCGAAGAUUGCACAAAGUUUUGAGACCGUUCUUAUUGAGAAGAUUGAAGAAGGAUGUGGAGAAGGAUCUCCCAGACAAGAUCGAGAAGGUUUUGAAAUGUAACUUGUCGAGCUUACAGUAUGUCUUGUAUCAGCAAAUGUUGAAGCACAACGCUAUUUUCAUUGGAAACCAGGCCACUGAGGAGACCAACAAAUCUGGAAUCAAGGGAUUGAACAACAAGGUCAUGCAAUUGAAGAAGAUUUGUAACCAUCCUUUUGUUUUCGAUGAUGUGGAGAAUGUUGUCAAUCCAAUGGGAACAAACAACGAACUUCUUUGGAGAACUUCUGGUAAAUUUGAGCUCUUGGAUAGAAUUUUACCUAAGUUGAAGGCCAGUGAUCACCGUGUCUUGAUGUUCUUUCAAAUGACAACAGUCAUGACGAUUUUUGAGGACUUCUUGAGGAUCAAGGAUUUGAAGUACUUGCGUCUUGAUGGUAACACCAAGGCCGACGACAGACAGGAUAUGUUGAAAGAAUUCAACAAGCCAGACUCUGAGUAUUUCUGUUUCUUGCUUUCUACGAGAGCCGGUGGUUUGGGUUUGAACUUGCAAACGGCAGACACUGUCAUUAUAUUUGAUACCGAUUGGAAUCCUCAUCAGGAUUUGCAAGCCCAAGAUAGAGCCCAUAGAAUUGGUCAGAAGAAUGAGGUGAGAAUCUUGAGAUUGAUUACCAAUGACUCGGUGGAAGAAAUCAUUCUUGAAAGAGCCCACCAGAAACUAGACAUAGAUGGUAAGGUCAUUCAAGCUGGUAAAUUCGACAACAAGAGUACCGCCGAAGAACAAGAGGAGUUCCUUAAACGAUUGCUUGAUGCAGAGCAGGGUGAUCGUGAGAAUGAGGAGAGCAAUUCUUUGGACGACGACGAGUUAAACGAGAUCUUGGCCAGAACUGAAUACGAGAAGGAAUUGUUUGGAAAGAUUGACGCCGAGCGUGUUCUUGUGGAAAACCAGAUUGCUCGCGAGGGAGGAUAUAGUACAAGAUUGAUCAGUCGCGAGGAGUUGCCUGAAGACAUCACAGAGAACAUCGCACACCAUUUCGAGAAGGAUCCACAAGAUCUCAGCAGGAUGAGAGAAAAGAAAAAAAUCAAGUACGACGAUGGGUUGACAGAGGAGCAAUGGACCAUGGCACUAGAGGCAGAAGACGAUACCAUCGAAGAGGCAAGCAAGAGACUAGAGGAAAAGAGGGCUCGCAGACAAAAGCGCGCAGGUAGCGAGAGCGGUGAGCCCGAGGAUGAGCCAUCGUGGAAGAAGAGUCGUCAUCAAGCAGAUGACAAAAAGGCCGAUGACGGGCUCGAUGAAUUCACAGAAAGAGGAUAUCUGAUCUUGGAUGGACUCGAUGAACUCUAUGCCAACGAUGGUCACUCUGUGGCCGAAAUAUUCCGCAAACUCCCGCCCAAAAAGUUGUAUCCCGACUAUUAUCAAUUGAUUCCAAAGCCGGUCGCAAUCGUGCCGAUCCGCAAGAACUUGCAGCAGGAGCGCUAUGACACUUUCGAACAGUUCAUGGACGAUCUCCGGUUGAUGUGCGCGAACGCCAAGGUGUACAAUGAAGAGGGAUCAUUUGUGUAUGAGGACGCCUUGACGAUUGAGAAGUACUUGGAUGAAGUUGAAGCGUAA